AUGGCAGGCGCUGGUGAGCGCAAAGGCAAGAAGGAUGACAAUGGCAUUGGCACAGCCAUUGACUUUGUGCUCUCCAAUGCCCGGCUUGUGCUGGGGGUGGGUGGAGCGGCCAUGCUGGGCAUCGCCACACUGGCAGUUAAGCGGAUGUAUGAUCGGGCAAUCAGUGCCCCUACCAGCCCCACCCGCCUGAGCCAUUCAGGGAAAAGGAGCUGGGAGGAACCAAACUGGAUGGGCUCCCCCCGACUGCUGAACAGGGACAUGAAGACAGGCCUGAGCCGGUCCCUGCAGACCCUUCCCACAGACUCUUCAGCCUUUGACACAGAUACAUUCUGCCUGCCCCGGCCCAAGCCAUUGGCCAGGAAGGGCCAGGUAGACUUGAAGAAGUCACGACUCCGCAUGUCCCUGCAGGAGAAACUUCUUACUUACUACCGGAACCGGGCAGCCAUCCCUGCUGGAGAGCAGGCUCGGGCCAAGCAAGCUGCUGUGGACAUAUGUGCGGAGCUCCGGAGCUUCCUGCGGGCCAAGUUGCCUGACAUGCCGCUUCGGGACAUGUACUUGAGUGGCAGCCUCUAUGAUGACCUGCAGGUGGUGACAGCUGACCACAUCCAACUCAUUGUGCCCCUUGUGCUAGAGCAGAACCUGUGGUCAUGUAUUCCUGGUGAAGACACCAUCAUGAAUGUCCCUGGCUUCUUCCUGGUUCGUCGUGAGAAUCCAGAGUACUUUCCUCGUGGGAGCAGUUACUGGGACCGCUGUGUAGUAGGGGGUUACCUCUCCCCAAAGACAGUUGCAGAUACAUUUGAGAAGGUAGUGGCUGGCUCCAUCAACUGGCCAGCCAUCGGGUCCCUCUUGGACUAUGUGAUCCGACCGGCCCCACCCCCAGAAGCCCUGACACUGGAGGUGCAGUACGAGCGUGACAAACAUCUCGUCAUUGACUUCCUGCCAUCAGUGACCCUUGGUGACACAGUCUUGGUGGCCAAACCACACCGGCUAGCCCAGUAUGACAACCUGUGGCGGCUGAGCUUGCGUCCCGCUGAGACGGCACGCCUGCGGGCUUUGGACCAGGCCGACUCGGGCUGCCGAUCCCUGUGCCUCAAGAUCCUCAAGGCCAUAUGCAAGUCCACCCCGGCUCUGGGCCACCUCACUGCCAGCCAGCUCACCAACGUCAUCCUCCACUUGGCCCAGGAGGAGGCUGACUGGUCUCCAGAUAUGCUGGCCGACCGCUUCCUACAGGCCCUGAGGGGACUUAUCAGCUACCUAGAGGCGGGAGUCCUGCCCAGUGCCCUAAACCCCAAGGUGAACUUAUUUGCAGAGCUCACCCCUGAAGAAAUAGAUGAAUUAGGAUACACUCUCUAUUGCUCAUUGUCUGAGCCAGAGGUGCUGCUGCAGACGUAGGGCAGGUGAAGGUCAAAGCAGGUGUCGGUGGUCAGGCCCUGGAUUCUCCAUUAGAUACACUUGGCUAUGUAGUUGGUGCCUCACAGGGUCCCUGGUGCCGCCUGUCUUGCUGAUCAUCACCCUGGUCACUUCAUGCCAAUUAGAAUGACAUCUCUUCUGUCUCCUGUUUUCUUACCCAACUCCUUCUAUUUUAGUUACCAAUCACUGUGCUCCCUACUCCUCCCUGGCUCCAGGCUAAUUUUUCUGGAAUGAAUUGAGAAGGUAGAGUGCUGGCCUGUGCUGAUGGACCACUUGGUGUUUUGCAUGUCAGCCCAUGUUUGCUGCCUCUCUCUGGCCUGCCUUGCCCAUUUGCCUGUUCCUACUCAGUGUCUUUUCUAUCUUUUCCUCUCUCGUUCACGCCUUCUGUUUUGCUCUUGUCCCUGGAGCAUAUCUGCCUAAUUAAGAUGUUGCCUUUUAGUUGAAUGUCACUGAAGAGCUGUGAUUGUAUGUUUCAAAGCUGAACUCUGCAGAGUGAGCGCUGAGACAGUAUUUAGGGUUUCUGGGAGUGAGGCUGGUAGAAGAGCUGGUCUUUGACCCCAGUUCCUGGAAAAGAAGUCCGUUCUCCCACCAUUUCCUGACCCAUUCAUAAAUGCUGAGAGCAUCACUCAUGGGAACACUGUUAAUGACCCACACAGGAUAAACUGGAUGCAAAGUUAUUUGCAGAUUGAAUUUCUUGGUGGCUGUCAGCAAAAGUGCAGAGUAGGGAAGCAGAGCUGGUUAAGGGCCUCAUGGAGCCUUUGUGUGCCCCAUGUCUGCUCCUCAUCUAUGGCUGCAGGAGUCGGACAGACAAGGAAGGAUGGGGUUGCCAGGGCAGCACAUCUAUAUUCAUUGCAGAGAUGGGUUUUUGCCAUGUUCCUCAGGCUGGCAUGUUCCUCGCUUGAACUCCUAGGCUCAAGCGAUCUGCCUGCUUGAGUUUUCACCCCUUCUCCUUUUAUUGCCAAUUAGGACAAGGCCUUGAAGGAACACAGCCUUAGCUGCCAGUUGAGGAUGAGGGAGGCUGACAGGAGGCUGAAUGUCAGCUGGAAAAUCCAGUCACUAGUUAGGAUUUGGUGGCCAUGUUUUCUCCUCAGACAGGCCCUGCUUUUCUAGGAUGUGUGGCCUUAGAGCAGGAACAGGCCCAGCACUGGCCCUUCAUCCUCCAGUGUCUGUGACUGGAACGUGAGCCCUCCGGGCAUGGCCAGAGGGCAGGUGAGCAUGCGCAGACCUCUUUCCCUUGUCCUAUUUCUCACCCAGCACCUGGGGAGAUCGGUGCUACCAAGGAAGAGAGCACACAGAUGAGACAUAGGGGAGGGAGGUGGGCACUUCCUCUAUUCCUCCUCAUUUCCCGCUGCUAAGAUGCAGUAUUUUUUGCCAGGUAAAUGGAUCCUGCAGGUGGGGGAAUGUUUAAUACACCAUGUCCCUUUGUUGUUUCGUGUUUUUUCCCUGUUUGUGGCAAGACCGAUGAUAAUUCUGUGUCUCCUCUGCCCAUUUAGUAUUUGUUUUCCUCCUGUUUUUUUUCUAUUACUACCUCUCCAUCAGUGAGGUUCUGGUGAAGCUCUGCAGCUGUCUCAUUCCUUCCCAAUGACAGGAACAGGAAAUGGCUAGCACUGAUAACCUCAGCACCCCUCUGAAUUUAGGGUAGAGAUUCCUGUCCCUCUUUUGUCACAGAUCAGGAAGUUGAGAACUAGGGUUAACCUUGACUAUGUUUAGAGGUCUUCUUGCGUCCUUUCCCCUUAACAAGGAUUUCUUAUGGUGGUUCAAUUUCAUUUGCAUGAAGGUAUUGAGAGGGAACAAAAAUGAUAAAGCUGAGAACCUUGAGACAGCUCUACCCUGUCUGUUGGUCAGACUUAAAGGGCAGUUAAAAAAAAAAAAAUCUGUAUGCCUGAGUACCACCCUGGAUGAAUGCUUUAGAAGGGAUGGGGUGAAGCCUGACUUUGAAGGUUCCAGUGUACCCAUCAUGUAUUCAUUAGAAGGGAGAGGAGAGGAUUGACAGGGUAUUGCAGAAGUAUAGCUUAUUCACUGAGAUAAAUGAUUUGGUUUCCCUGCCAUGAGUAUUAAAAAAACUUAGUUUUCCCAAGCUGGCAUCUCUGACCAAAUACUACAUAAAACAUUAGAAGGAGGCUGGGUGCAGUGGCUCACGCUUGUAAUCCCAGCACUUUGGGAGGCCAAGGUGGGUGGAUCACUUGAGGUCAGGAGUUUGAGACCAUCCUGGCCAACAUGGCAAAACUGUCUCUACUAAAAGGAAAAAAAUUAGCCGGGUGUGGUGGCAGGCACCUGUAAUCCCAGCUACUUGGGAGGCUGAGGCAGGAGAAUCACUUAAACCUGGGAGGUGGAGGUUGCAGUGAGUCAAGAUCGUGCCACUGCACUCCAGCCUGGGUGACAGAAUGAGACACUGUUUCAAAGAGAAAAAAAAAUUGGAAAGAGAACUCAAGAUUUUAAAGAGUCUCAAGUUAUUUAAGUCGAGUAUAACUAUCAUUUUAGGAUAGCAAAUGAGUUUAUCUUUCUGAAACAGCACCGCUUUCAACUGUUUGAUAAAACCGUAACUUUGUCAUUUCAUAAGCAACAACCUCUUAAGAAGACCUCAGAACUAGAAGCAGUGGGAACUCUCAGCCCUGGUCCUGGUGGGUUUGCUGACCAUGACUGGGCAAGCCAUUCUUUUUGCUGCCAUCUUCCUCGUCAUAAAAUGUGGAACAUAGCAGUUGCUUUUGAGAUUCUGGCAUGGAAGAGGACAACAUUCUGCACCUGCCCCCUUUUUUAAAUCGUUGGGGAAAGCUGAGUAACUUUCCCUGAUACUCUGCCUUCCUGUUCAGUAACUCUUACUUUUGCCUGAAGUAAUAGCAUUUUCUCUACUUCUCCAUCUAGAGAUUUUUGUGUGUGUGCCAUCAAGGUUAGCAAACCUUAUACUUAGCCUAACACUUAAAAAAUGCACUCAUCUUAAACCUAAUCAAUUCCAGAGUUUAUUUUGGUUCUCCUCUGUUGCCCUUCCUAAAAUAUGAGUUCAAGACGACAGUAUUUUUUUCUUUACAUGCUUGGUUGUGACUUUUUACAUUUUAUUUAAUUAAAGGAAAGAAAUGUUGAAGCUCAAGUUGAAAAAAGUGUCACAGAGGCCGGCCUUCAGUCUCCUGGGUCCUGGCCCUGGUGGGCCACUUGUCCAUAUUCCACACUUGGUGACUGUGCUCCCUGCACUCCACUCAAGUUGAGAGUUCAAAUAAUCUUGAAGGAGAAUCAGCUUCAGGAUUGAAUGACCCAGGAGAGUCCCCGAGGGGGUUUCUGUAAAUAGAGACUACUGCGUGUGUCCAGAUCUCCCUGCCAUGGUAAUUCCUUGGGACUCUGACUUGGCUGAGAACUUAAUGCUGGGAUUUGUUAGAACUCUGCCCUUUUAUCUGAAGCUCAAGGCCAAGGAGAAUUAUAGGAGACUUAGGGUAGAGCUGACCCCUGUAGCAGGCUCAAGGCUGCAUCCCUUUUAGAUCCAACUUAACUGUAAGUGGCCAGAAUACCAGAGAUGUGGGGUCUGUGGUCAGCUGCACAUGAGGUGUUUACCUUUACAUUUUGGUCACCUGUAGUCUUUAAAUUCUUGGUUCCUGAGGCGAAGCCCACAACUUGCCUUCUAGUCACUUGCCUGCCCACCAGUGGUGGUUGAUGUGUUAGCUGGUAAAUUUGGAAUCAGUCACCAGUCUUUCCGUCCUGUCUUGGCUAAGUCUAUUUAGGUAGAGUCAGCUUAGCCCUGAGACCCAGAGACCUGCUGUCCUUUUUCUCCCUGAGGGAGGAAAUGAAACUGGGGAACACAAUGUCCUUCCAUAGCAUGGGAAGAAGAAAAUAAAAUCUUUCGAACAGCUUUGA